AAAUUGCCAUGAUCGAAGUCAUCAUCGUAUGCAAGAAAGUGGACACGGAACCUGGCAGCGCGAUAACACGUUGUUUAUUGACAACAGGCUUUGCCUUUGCGAUUUAUCCCGACAUGAAUUAAUGCCGCUCUUCCCGUAUGUUGGACGAGAUGAGUGAUUUAUGCUUGACUGCUGCUGCUGCUGGCUAGACCCCAGAGGACAAUGUCACGAGACCUCGCGCUGCAAUAAUGAUACCCUCGUAUUUCACGUGUACGCUCUCAGAAGCCUUGGCACAUAACAGGGGCAAUUACGAAGUACGAAUUCGUCAGACGCCAGAGGGCCUUGUGAGUGAACAUGCACAAUUCAACAAUAUUGAUGAGUUUGUAUCGUUCCUGGCCCAAAACUACGGUGGACACCUCGCUGUGGGAUGUGUCACACCAGACAAGACAUCAGGACACUCACAAGAUGGGCUUGUCGAGGAGCUGUUGACCUUUGCCGAAGUGGAUGAGCAAACUUGUCGACUCAGUCAGCAUUUCCGCCAUGUGUUUGGACAGAACCAACAGGGGAAGCAGUGCAUUGCGCUCAUAGCAUCCAGUUCAAUUGUGUUUCUGCUCACGUGGUUGGCGUUCAUCCGGUCGGGCUACGAGGUACUUCUCGUCUCGCCACAAAAUUCACCGGAGGCCAUAUUGCACUUGAUCAAGCUGAGCAGGUCAUUUGCCAUAUGUUUCGACCGUGAACAUGCAGGUGUGGUCUCGGAGGCAUUGUGUCACAGGCCCAAGGAUUCGUCCAAUUCGGAGCACCACGAUAGUGACGACCGAACAAGAGAAGGCGUGAAGCAGUUUGAAUUGCCGUGGCCAUCACUGGACUCAGUCUGUAGAAGCGAACUCCAUACUGCGGGAAAAAAGACUGCAAACCAAUCUGAGCCCCCUGAAUCAAUCGCAUUCUAUCGUCACUCAUCCGGCACAACCGGACUUCCAAAGCUAAUACCUUCAACUCACCAUGGAGCUGUAGGUGUGCUACCCAGACUACAAGGCUGUGGUGAUAUAGACCAACGCAGCAGUACAUUCACCACGACCCCACUAUACUCGGGUGGUAUUGCGGAUCUAUUGCGUUCAUGGAGUGCAGCCUCGCCACUAUGGAUAUUUCCAGAACGCACUAUGCCCAUCACCUCACAGAUUAUCUCAUCUUGCAUCGAUGGCAUUGAUCGUAUAGCGGAAACCCAUCCAAGGUUCCCCGCUACCAAACUUCAGUUUCUAUCAUGCGUUCCCUUCGUCUUAGAGACUAUAGUCGAAUCGACAGCGUUGAAAGAUAGACUUCGGCGUUUGAGUGCGGUCGGCGUCGGUGGUGCCGCAAUGCCCCGAGAACUUGGAGAUAAGAUCGUGGCUGAAGGUAUCAACCUCGUCAGUCGAUUUGGCAGUUCUGAAUGCGGAUUUCUGUUGUCAUCGCAGCGUGACUAUGCGAAUGACAAACGAUGGCACGUACUGCGCUGCCGUAAUUCGGAAGGACUGAACUUCCAACGCAUGGCCGAUGGUCGGCAUGAACUUAUAGUUGAGGAAAACUGGCCGCUUGUGUCUGUAGCAGCGCAUGCAAGACGACCUUUCAAUACACAUGAUGUGUUCAUACCACACGAAGGAAUCGACGGUGCUUGGAACUAUAUUGGUCGAUCAGAUGCACAAUUGACACUCAGUACUGGCAAGAAAUUCGAUCCGACGCCCAUUGAGCAAGCGCUUCGUCGUAUCGAGAUAAUUGAAGAUGCCAUCGUUAUCGGCGACGACAGACCAUUUCCUGCAGCCAUUAUCUUCAUGGCCGCAAGCCAGGACAAAAUCAAGGACGUCGAUGCCCAUGAAAACAUAUGGCAUCAUAUACAGCAAGUAAACAUGUCGAGCCCGUCUCAUGCAAAGCUUGAGAAGACAAACUUAUGCAUCCUAUCCUUUUCGGCACAUAGUCGAGUUCGCAAGAACAGCAAAGGGGGUGUCAUACGAAGCGGAUUCAUUGCGGAAUUUAGUUCUGAGAUCAAUCGCAUCUAUAACUCUGAUCACGAGGACGAUGGUGCAGACUGCUUGACAGGAGAUCCCGCCAACAUGCGUGAGAAAAUCAAACAUCUCGUCUGCAGCGCCCUUCACCAGUCAGACAAUUUCAGCCCCGAUCAGGACCUGUUCGAGGCUGGCAUGGAUUCUGCCAAGUCCAUUGUCAUUCGCAAACAGAUCUGCGGCAUGCUUCCCGCUCGAAUACGGCCUCUGGUACCCCUGAGCGUCGUGUACGAAUGUGGAUCAAUCAAUGCCUUGGUCAACUUCGUGCUAGAACGUACCGGGAAGACUGGCUCGAUGGAUGCUAAUCAAACUACCAAAGAUGACGAGAUGCGGGCCAUGGUAGACCAAUACAUGGCUCUCCAACCGCAGCUAUUGGAGCACGCUGCAAAACACACCCAUACAACAGCAGAAGCCUCACAACCAGGCAAAGCAAAAGUGAUCUUAACUGGCAGCACAGGCUUCCUAGGAACCCACAUCCUCCACCACCUCCUCACCGACCCCAGCAUCUCAAACAUAUUCCUCCUCAUCCGCGACUCCAGCGCAAACCCUCACUCCAAACAAACAACCACCGCACAAAGCCGCGUCGAAGCCGCAUUAAACAUCCACCACCUCGCCCAAACCCUCCCCAAGUCUGCACUCGACAAAAUCACAUACAUCCCCUUCCACCUCAAACACCCCCUCCUCGGCCUCUCGCCCGAAACCUACGCCUCACUCGUCUCUCAGACAACACACGUCAUCCACGCCGCAUGGGACGUCAACUUCACCCUGCCCCUCAAAUCCUUCGCGCCGCAACUCGAGGGCGUCGUCAAUCUGCACACCCUCCUCCUCCUCGGCGCUGCACAAUCACACCCAAGUCUACCACCUAAAAGACUCAUCUUCUGCUCCUCAGUCGCCAGCAUCGCACGCGCAUCCGCCAACACAAAGCAAGACCACUCCAUCUCAGCACACCCCCACGACGCAGCAGAUCUAGGCUACGCGCAGAGCAAAUGGGUCGCAGAGCGCGUCCUGGACAGCCUCUCUCGCAAUUCCAGUGCAGCAGUCGCGGUCUCGGUCCUGCGCGUCGGACAGCUGAGCGGAGCCUCGACGACGGGGAUCUGGAAUGCGCGUGAGGCGUGGCCGCUGAUGCUAUCUGCCGGGCUUAAGCUCAAGCUCGACCUCUGCAGUGAUGAUAGUGGACAGGAUAACAUUACCCUCCCCGAUCUCGCAUCCGCACAUCUCAAAGCCGUAGAUUGGCUCCCCGUCGAUGUGGCCGCGCGCCGCGUCGUUGCGGAAAUGCACAGUCUACCACAACCAGCAUCUCAAUCCGCCAUAACAAUCACCCCAAUCUCAAACACCAACCCCGCAACACACACCCCCUGGUCCCACAUCCAAACCUGGAUCACACAAUGGGCAGCAUCCAGGAAGCACCCCCAACAAACGCAAUUCAUCCCCCCGCAUAUCUGGCUCGCGCGGUUGGACGCUGCGCCUGGAGAUCACCAGGCCAAGGCUUUGAUUCCGCUGUGGAGGGGGAAUUGGGUCGGGGGGAGGGGAGGUGGUGGUGAUGGUACAGCAGUGCCUGAUGAACAGUCUAGUGAUGGCAUUGACAAGAUAGACUUGACAGACUCAGAGGAGUGUGGUAUGAUCAGCAGGGCGUAUAUCGGGCGUGUGCUGGACUGGGUUGCGCGUCAGGAGGAGUAGGGAGGAGGAGUACGUGUGCGAGGCAUAGAUAUCGCGCAUUAUAG